GCUCUUAACCAUUCAGACUCUGUAUAAUACUUAACCAUUCAGAGGCAAAUCUCUUAACCAUUCAGACAUCUGAACCAUUAAGAGGCUGAAACAAACAGUCUGAACCAUUAAGUGCUGAAUCAUUCAGACAUCUGAACCAUUAAGAGGCUGAAACAAACAGCCCCUUAGUUUUGGAGUAAAAAGUAAACAGCACGAUGUCGUUUUGAGGUUUUGUUUAUUUAUAUACUCCCGUAUUUUUUAAAAAAUUAAAGCUAAAUCUAAUCCAUCGCCCUUAGCUUUGCCAUUCGCUGAGAACAGACCCAGUCCCCCACUACGGUGGCGACUCCGCCCGUCUAGCCGCCGACGCAGCCCCGCCGGAAGCAUUCACUCCGCCAGAGUCCCCGCCGCCCACCACUCCGAAGCUUGCAACUCAAGUGGAAAAGAUGAAGGAAGAUGAAGUGAAUAGAUGCCAGAUUCAAGAGUGGUACCCUAAGUUCAAAUCCAUCUCCAUAAAAACUGAAAUCCAUCAUCUUCCAGAAUCUUUCAUAGAUUACCUUUUAGAUGACAAGGGUCCAUUUCUUCUCCCGCUCUCCAUUGAAGACAAUGAUGCCCUUCCCAAUAGAAUCCAUAACUCCGAAGAUGAAGCCGAAGAAGAGGGCUAUGAAGGGACUGAAGAUGAAUCAGAAACCCCUCCAUCAACCCCUUCGUUUCCUGAACUUGAGAUGAAAGUUAAAGAAUCAAUCCAAUCUCUUGGGGGUUCUGUCUUCCCUAAGCUUAAUUGGAGUUCACCUAAAGACUCUGCUUGGAUUAGUACCACUGGGAACCUCAAGUGUUCAUCUUUCAGUGAGAUUUCACUCUUGUUUAAAUCAUCUGACUCCCUCACGCACGAUCUUUGUCAUGCUUAUGAUUCUUGUAGUGACAAAACUAUCUCUAGGCCUCAUAUCUUUGUUCUUGCCCUUAGGAAAUGGUACCCUUCCUUGCGUCCCGAGAUGGAGUUCCGUUGCUUUGUGAAAAACCAUGCUUUGGUAGGAGUCUCCCAACGGGAGAUCACCACGUUUUAUCCUUCUCUCCUUGAAGACAAGAAUGUUCUGAAAGCAGCAAUACAAACAUUUUUUCUUUCCAAUUUGAAGGGGAAAUUUGAGUCCGAGCGUUACACAUUUGAUGUUUAUGUUGCACGCGAUCGUAUCAGGCUCUUAGAUUUCAACCCCUGGGGUGCUUUCACAUUGCCGCUGCUCUUUACUUGGGGAGAAUUGGAAGAUGAAAUCGGCGGUGAUGAGUUUCAAUUUAGAAUUGUAGAGAACCGACUUGGAGUAAGGCCUGGGUUGAAGACAGCAGUUCCUCAGGACUACACUGAUACGAGUCUGGGAAGUGGCUGGGAUGAGUUCAUGAGGAAGGCUAAUGUGGAGUUUCAGCAACAGAUCAAUGCAGGUGAAGCAGGUGCUUGAUUUUUAAACCAAGGAGCAACUAAGGACAUAUGAGGACUCUGUCCAGUUUCUCUACUUGGGACACAUCUCAAAGGUAGCAUUAUAGGCAUUCUAUAUACUAAGGACAGGACAUAGGGCACUGUCCAGAUUCUCUACUGAUUUUUAUUAGAAAUGUUGGGUUUUCGUAUGAUUUUGAAACCAAUGAAGUCGAUGUGUCUAAGGAGCACAAGAACUUCGGGGCUGUGGUUUUACUGCGAAGCUGUUAGUCUUGGGGGGAAUGUGUUUUACUUUCUUGAUUGAGGACGAACAAAAUGAAAGCGUCCGCCUUAUGGCCUACAUUUAGGGGUCAGUUCUAUUGACACCACGGUGUCACUGCACGGUUUAAUAUUG